AUGUCAGGUUUUAGCUUCGGAACCCCGCAAACGCCUCAACCGGCUCAGAAUACAGCACUUCCAGCAUUUGGAACGCCACAAACAACAACAUCCAGUGCUGGAUCUUUUGGAAGUACGCCAAUAGCAAGUGUCGGAAUAAGUGGAUCAACAGGUGGAUUUUCGUUCGGGGCAGCAGCAAAACCGAUUACAGGCUUUGGAAGUCCAAUGCCUAAUCCAAAUAAUCCAUUAACUAUGAUUAAUAAUCCAAUGCAAAAUACAAAUCCAUCAUUAGUACCACAAACAGCUGCACCACCAAGUUUCCAGCUAUCUACAGCAUCAACGACUACAACUAACUUGCUGCCAAUAAGUUCGACCCCAAUUUCAGCAGUUGCACCGGUCCAGAAUAAUCAGUUUUCAUUUGGAACAACUGUUGCUAAUACAGCACCGAGUUCAUUUAACUUUGGACAGACAUCUAGUGCUCCUACAAUUGCGCAACCGAGUUUAUCAUUAUCUACAACAGCUGUACCGAAUACACAGCCUAGUUUAUUUGGUGGAAUCACUUCAAGUGCUCCAGUUCCAGUUCAAACGACUCAGCCAUCUAUAAAUACAUUUGUAGGACUGGGAGGAAUCGAUAUGAGCACUACACAGCAACAAAAAGUCUUGAGUGAAGGAAAGGUAGAAGUAGCUAAAGAAACUCAUGUUCCAAGUCAAAUUGUACAGUCGAUUGAGGAAUUUAAAACGUAUGUAAAGAAUCAGAAAACGAUUUCGUCGGAAAUUGCUCGUUCAUCAGAUAGGAAGUUAAAGACAGUUACGGAUGAGAUACAACGUAUGAAUUGUGUUCUACAGGAAACAUCAAAUAACAUUGAUAACAAUAAUUCAGCUUUAAGGCAUUUAAGGAAUGAAACAGCAAAGAUUAUCGAAAAUGCAGAUAUGGCACAAAGAACACACGAAACGCCUGUAGCAUUACAAUUUGAAAAUGUCAUGCCACAAAUUUAUUUCAAAGACUUGAUACAAAAGUACGAAACAGAUCUUUUGAAUUUGAAGCAACAAGUUGAAUUAACGGAAAAACAUCUUCAAUCAUUAGCUAAUCCACAAAUGUUUAGUGCUGAAGAUUUAAAGAAAGGCUUACAGCAAUUACAUGAAAGCUUUAUCGCAUUAGCUGGACGAUUGCAGGAAGCUCAUUCUAAAGUUGAGACACAAAAGACAAAAUAUCUUGAGCUUCGGAAAGUGAUGCUUAGAGACACAACUAAUGUAUUUGAGGAAAAGGAAUCGACAUCAGGAAAUAAGGAUUCUAGAAUCCAAUAUGGACCAAAUGCUUUCUCACAAGACACGACUCAGCCAGGAUAUCUUAAUUUAUCAUUUCAAAAGGCUCAACAGCAACAAACAGCUCCUGGGAAUUUCUCAUUGCAACCGAAUUCAAGUUUCAACUUUAUGACCAAAAUGUAG